AAACACAGCAGCAUUCACUGCAAAUUACACUUUGUUAUUUAUGACUCCGUUUAAAAUAACAGACUAAUAAAUAUAACCAAACCAGUGCAAAUCUGGAGAAAACACGGUCACUGCACAUCCAUCCUCGCUGCUCACGCGAAUCGAUACAGUCAGUGAAAAUCGGGUUCCUUUUUUCUUUAUUGGAUGCAGUGCCAUUCCACCGAUUAAACAUGACCAGACAAGCAAUGCCCACGAUGCUGCUGCUGCUGCUGCUGUGUGUGACCGGGGUGCGGGGCAGCACAGAGGCCGACUCUGAGCUCACAGAAUUAACAUCAAACGGUUUUAUCAAAGUAUUGGACUCCGGGAGGGCUGCUUUCAUAUAUUUUGGCGAUGCAGUCAGCCCGAUCCUCGCCCUGUUCCUCAAGCAGUUAGAGAAAUCAGUGGAGGUGCUGGAGGAUUAUGGGGUCCUGGUUGCUAAGGUGAACUGUGCCAAGGAGCAAGUACCAACAUACUGUACAAUUGAAAAAGUAUUAAAGAAAGUGUAUUUAUUCAGAGGUGGGGUGGUGCUCCGAAGUUUCACCACAGACACGGUUUUCGACGAGAACGCCAUUGUAGCUCACGUGCUGUUCGCUCUUCUGUUCAAUGAGGUGAAGUAUGUGCAGACACCCGCAGAGCUGCAGAACAUCGAGAAGGCAGUGAAGGGGCGGGCGGACGUGGUGCUGGCCCGCGUUCAGGCAUUGGGAACAGCAGAGCACAGGGCAGUGAUGGAAGCUGCUUUUGUCUACGGAGCAGAGUACCAGUUUGUGUUGACGACGGGAGGGAUGGUGCUGCAGCACAUGGGUGUUGAGGAGUCAAGCAAGCUGACCGCUGGACUCUGGUUCCUCCACUGCAAGCUGGUGUCCAGGAGGUCCGAGCCCUGCCGUCACAGCGCCCUGAAGAAGCCCCUGAGCACUGUGCAGAUCUACACCUUCCUCAAACUCAUGAGCGCACCACUCCUGAUGGAGGUCUCUGCAGACCCUGCUGAUGUGAAGACUGUGCACAACCAUCUCCAGUGCCCCGUGCUCUUCCUGUUCACACAGAGAGAGACGCUCGUGCUGGACAGGAGCACUGCUGAGUCUGUCGCCUGGAGACUGAGGGGAGAGGCGGGGGUGGUGCUGGUGCACAGGGAUCACCCAGGAGUGAAUGUUCCUGCAGGACACAACGUGGCAUACCGGCUGCCAGCAGAGGGCUCCCGUGUGAAGUACCUGACCCUGCAGGACGUGGAGGGGGUGGUGAGGCUCUUCACAGAGGGGGACAGGGUGGGGGAGGAGGAGGAGGAGGAGGAGGAGGAGGAGGAGGAGGAGGAGGAGCACUGGUCUGUUUUAGAUAUUUUGGAUGACGAGGUGUCUGAGUCUGUGUAUAGGGACAGGAGUGUCAACCUGGAGUCCCACCUUGUGCCAGCACUGACUGCUCAGACAUUCAGCACUGCAGUGGCAGCAGCAGGCCACACGGUGGUGCUCUUCUACCAUAGUUGGGAUGCUGUAUCCAUGGCCUUCAUGCAGUCUUACCUCGAAGUAGCCAGCAUGAUGCAAGACGUGGUGGAUGUGUCACUGGCCCGCGUGAACUGCGGUGACUGGACGGAGGUGUGCACCAAUCAGAACGCCAGCCAAAUUCCUACGGUGACGCUCUUCAGCCCCGGCGAUCGACCGCGACGCUACAACGGCAUGCUGGGAACAGAGAGUCUGCACAGCUUCAUCAGAUUGAGCAGGAUGCCGGCCCCGCUGCACUUGUCCUCAGAGGACGAAGCAGAGUCCUUCCUCCGAGGGGACCUGUCCCACAGCCUGACCCCCCACACCCCAGUGCUGGUCCUGGGCUUGUUCAACUCCAGACUGGAGCCAGGCAGCAUUGUGUUCCAGGAGGCUUGCCUGGCCCUGAGAGGGGAGCUUGUGACUGGUAUCUUCGCUGAACCACAGGCAUCCCAGUGGGCCCAGCAGUACACUGCCUCCCUGCCAGCGCUGAUCCUCUCCAGGACCCCCAACUCUCUCAUCCACACCCUCCCCCUCCUGAGCUCCAGCACAGAGGAGGUCGUCUCCAUUGUAAGGAGGGCCGCCCUGCACCCGCUCCCAGAACUGACUGUGUUAAACCUGCCCUCCUAUCUGGAGCUGGGCCGGCCGCUACUCAUCCUGUUUGUGGACAGGGACGACAGUGAGAGCGUCCAUGCGAGACAGGAGCUGAGCACACUGCAGGACAGAGGACAGCUGGACCACUACAUGCCCUGCUGGAUACACCUGGCUCGGACCCCAGCAGGCAGGGCUGUGUUGGAGUCGCUCCUGGGCUCUGUCCCCCAGCUCCCUGCCCUGGUCCUUUCUCAACUCGGCUCAGAGGGAGAGGUCUUCCUAUUUGCAGCACAACAGCCCCUGCUGGCUGAGACAGUGCAGCGCUGGCUGAGCAGAGUGCAGAGCAGGGAGGAGGAACCCUCUGGGGUGCUGUCGGACGAGCAGUGGGGUCCCCCGGUCCCCCUGUUUGAUUUCCUGGCUGUGAUGGACGAGGCAGUGCCGGGCUUCGCUGCCCAGAGGACUGAGGAGGAGGAGGAGGAGGAGGAGGAGGGAGAGAGAGCAGACCCAGACCCAGUCCCAGAGUCCAGCCCGCCAGUUUCCACAGCGCGGCCUCCCCAGCGAUCAGACCUACCCAAGCACACCCACACCGAGCUUUAGCUGCACGCUGCGGACAGCUCCAUUCGCCCAGACACCGACACCCACUCCAUAUUAAAACACUUUCAGCCAGCAUUACCCUGGACCCCCUUUGGUAAUGAGGUGCCGGUGGGUUCUCGUCCUGGUUAAAUCAAACUGAACAUAACCGACCAGAUUCUGUUCAGUUAUUCCUGUGUUGUUGCAAAGUGCCGGUAUUUCAGAAAAAGUGCCUUAGUUUCGAUGAGUUGUAUGGACCUCCAGCUUGUUCUGAUUGCUGAUCAGGUGGUGCAAAAGAAAGAUGAAAAAAAACAAAAAAAAUAACUGAAUGUGUGUGUGCCAGGGGGUUCCAAUCAGCUGUGUUUGAGGUGGCAGGCCCUUGGCUGCCUCUGCACUGAAAUUAAUACAGGAACACACUGCGGGCAACAAGACUGCAAAAUACACACGAAAAACAACCAAAAACACCACCAUUAGGUGGCGCCGGUGCAGCGAGUGCUCUGCUGUUUCAUCACUCGCAGCCUGUAGACGAGGAGUAGUGUUUUCUGCCGUGCAGAGCAGGUAUAACAGCAGCAGCAGCCUCUGAAUUGGGGUCCGGGUCGCUGCACAGGCAUCGCAGUUCUUGAGAUAAUAAAGUUUAACUAGUAAAAAAAAAAAAAAAAUUACCAUAUUUUUACAGUAACUUUACCUUAAUAUUCACUUAAUACAACUGUAUUUGUAGAUUAAUUCUAGUGUAUAUUUCUAGUUCUAGAUAAAUAAUUAACGUAUUUUACACUAAUAUUGAACAGCUUUUACCAUAAUUUGAAGCGUUUGCUGAGACAUCUUGCAUUACAGCCAUCUGUGAAGAAUGUGGGAAAGUGCAAUGCUCAUUGCCAAAUCUUGUUUCCUGAAACCUUUCCAUCUGGGAAAGAAAUAUACAAUUCAGGUUGGCUCGUAGGUUGCCAAAGGGAAAGAAUCCUGAAGUAGUAUCCUGCUGCCUGUAGACUGGUAAAAGAAAUAGCUUUCCGUAACUCUUUCAGGGCUGUAGCUUGAGCUCAGCGGAGCACUGCGCUCUCUGUGUGCGGAUUUUCCAUGCUGACCAUGAAACGGUGCAAUAGAAUCCAAAUGCUGCCUCGCUAGGAGUGGUGUUUAUCUGGUAUGAUAGAUUCUGUAAAUAGGAAACUAUUAUUUAGUGUGUUAUAAAUAAACCAUUGUCUAAAAAUGUCAUAAUUUGCAUGCAACCCAUUACUGAUUUCCUGUACCUGAAUUAAGAUGGUCAGAGAUGUUUUAACUGUGGAUUAAUCAAAUAACUUUUCUUAAGAACAUAUUAAAAAUUAAUUGAUCUAG